CAGACAUGAGGGGUCUUCUUUUUCUCGUGGCUGUGGUCGCCGUCGCUUCCGAAGCCGAGGUCGAUGACAAGAGUCACCAAAAGAGGGGAAUCUACGAGUCUGGCGGACAUUAUUUCAGUGGGGAUCAUCUCAGCGGGCAUUCUCAUCAUCAUCACCAUGAGGUGAAGACCAUCACAAUUCAAAAGGAAGUGAAGGUGCCGUACCCAGUUCACGUGGAGAAGAAGGUGCCGUACCCUGUCAAGGUUCACGUCGAGAGGCCGGUUCCCGUCCACGUGCCGAAGCCUUACCCGGUGCACGUGACGAAGACAGUGCCUUACCCGGUCAAGGAGUACAUCCCUGCACCUUAUCCGGUAGAGAAGAAGAUCCCGUACCCUGUGAAGAUCCAUGUGCCCAGGCCAGUCCCCUACCAUGUAUCCAAGCCUUACCCGGUCUACGUCGAGAAGAAGGUUCCCUACCCUGUAGAAAAACAGAUCCCUUACCCAGUCAAGGUGGCUGUCCCUCGACCUGUCCCCUAUCACGUACCUGUUGUGAAGCACGUGCCUUACCCUGUGGAGAAGAAAGUCCCCUACCCUGUAAAGGUACCAGUUGAGAAGCCAGUGCCAUACCCUGUUGAGAAGCCUUACCCAGUUGUAGUGGAGAAGAAGGUCCCCUACCCAGUGGAGAAGGAAGUGCCAUACCCUGUGAAGGUGCCAGUUCAUAUUCCAGUUCAUGUUCACGAACACCAACACGAGAGCUACAGUCAUCACUAUGGUGGAGAAGAAGAUAGCCACAGGGGACAAGAGGACUUCAGCAGCUCUGGUCACGAGUACUGAG